AUGAAGCUCCCCGCGAUGUUGGGACUCGUGACCUGCGCGCUGGUUGUGAUGUGGCCGCUGCUCGGCUCCUGUCAUCCCGCAGCGACGCCGCGGCAGCCCGGCUUGGCGUUCGUGGAGGAGUUCGCCCGUCCGGGCGUGGGCUUCAACUGGAGAAACGUCAGCUGUGGCUUGUGCAAAGCCGUGUUCACCAUCCUCGACAUCGCCCUGCUGAACGACUUGAAUGAAGAGCGAGUGGCAUAUGCGGUGGGAGAGGCCUGCAUUCGUCUCCACCUGGCCGACGAGCUCGUCUGUCGACAAAUCGCAGAGUUGUUCAGGGACGACUUUAUCCGGGCCCUGCAGCAGUCCUUGCUGUGGCCCACCGAGGCAUGCGCCCUGCUCGUGGGCCCUUCCUGUGGCAAAUUUGACAUCUACGCCCCGUGGAACAUCACCCUGCCAAAGGCCCCGAAGCCCCCAAUUACGCCGCCCUCUCCUCCAAAACCGGGCUCUCCACAGAGCAGGGUCCUGUUUCUGACUGACAUCCACUGGGACCAGGAGUACGUAGCCGGCAGCGCCGCAGACUGCAAGGACCCUCUGUGCUGUCGCAACGGCUCUGGCUUUCCUGGCCAGCGGCAGAUGGAGGCCGGGUACUGGGGGACCUACAGCAAGUGCGAUCUGCCUCUGUGGACGGUGGCGAACCUCCUGGAGAAUGCCGCCAGAGACGGACCGUGGGACUGGGUGUACUGGACCGGAGACAUACCGGCGCACAAUGUUUGGUCUCAAACCAGGAAACAGCAGCUGUCGGAGCUUACGGUCAUCUCGAGGCUCAUCCACAAACACCUGGGGCCUAACGUGACAGUUUACCCUGCUAUAGGGAACCACGAGAGCACACCGGUGAACAGCUUCCCCCCGCCGUUCGUUCACGGCAACAGAUCCUGCGCCUGGCUCUACGACACAAUGGCAGAGGAAUGGGCUCCGUGGUUACCAAAGCAGGCUUUGAAGACCUUAAGAUAUGGGGGAUUUUACACAUUGGAGAUUCAGCCUGGUCUGAGGGUGGUCUCUCUCAACAUGAACUUUUGUGCCCGGGAGAACUUCUGGCUGAUGGUGAACUCAACAGAUCCUGCUAACCAGCUGCAGUGGUUAGUCCAUGUUCUCCAGGCCAGUGAGGACAAAGAGGAGAAGGUACAUAUAAUCGGUCACAUUCCACCUGGUCUGUGUCUUGGCAGCUGGAGCUGGAACUACUAUCACAUUGUCAACAGAUAUGAAACUACAAUUACCGGGCAGUUUUUUGGCCACACGCAUCUUGAUGAGUUCCAAAUGUUUUAUGACGAGGCCACCAUGACCCGCCCGUUGGGAGUGGCCUUCAUCGCGCCCAGUGUCACUACUUACAUUAAGCUUAACCCAGGGUACCGCGUCUACUACGUAGACGGCAAUUACAACGGCAGCUCCAGGCUGGUGCUCGACCAUGAAACCUACAUUCUCAACCUCACGGAGGCCAACCACAGUCCCGGAGCCCCAAGUAUCCCAGAACCGAACCCCAAAUGGACCCUGCUGUACCGCGCUACCGAGGCCUACGGGCUGAAAAGCUUGUUCCCCUCAGACUGCGACGGGAUGUUGAGGACCUUUAUCAACGAUGACCAGGUCUUCCAAAAGUUCUGGUACUUUAGGUUCAAAGGACACGUGUCGCUGCCCUGCAAGGAGAUGUGCAAAACUACGCUGCUCUGCUUGCUGCGCAGCGGGCGAUACGAUGAGCUGCAGAACUGCGACUUAGUCAAUGGUUUAGGAGGAAACUUGGCUCGGGCUGCCAGAAAAACCCUCUGUUGAGCAGAGGAAGGUUUGGACUGGAGGAGGAGAGUGACUAAAUCUGAAAUGAUUGUUAAACGACUUCUAUUUGUUCAAUAGUAAAGUCCCAAGAGCGAUUUUUCUGUCAGUUGUUUAACCUCUGAUUGUGAUUGUAACUGGCUUCUGGUCGGUCAGCUGCUGUUCUGCAAUGCCUGCUUCAAAUUCUUAGAAAGUAGUUCUGUUUACGUGAAAUGCACAGAAUUGCAGGUGUGUACAUGUUUUGUUUUGCAAUACUAUACUUCGUGCCUUGUAUUGGAAAAUAUUAUAACUCAACCAAAGCAAUAUUGUCUCAACAGCUGUUCCACUAAAGGAUAGCUUUAACUUAAUGUCAGAAUGAUGUUGUGCAAUGUUUGAUUAUCAGCUAACUUCCUUGUAUCAUGAGAAAUUUAAAUAUUGUGGGGAUUUAAGCCAGUAUUUACAGUCUCAAGAGUUCUCCCCUAUGAGAUUUAAUGCUCACUGCACUUUAUUGUUUGGACCUAGAGUCUCAUGCAUUGGAAGGCUGUCAGCCUGUGUGGUAACAUGAAUAACUUGUAAAGCAAGUGAAUAAAAAUGCUGUAAUCUGAUA